GGUUGAGAUCUGUGGGCAUGUGAGGGCAGAGAAGACAAGGGAUGGGGAUGGAGGUGUUGGUUGGGGUUCGUAAAUGACGCAGCUUUGGACGGCGAAGUAGUAGUAGUAGUACUAAUGGUGGUUGGAAAGAAUAGGGGGGAGAGUGGUAGAGACUAUUCAUUUAUUAUGGAAUGGAAUCCCAAGCUAAACAAGAAUACAUCAUCGAGAUGCUCAGUGCGUUUGCGUGACGACGAAGCUUCCAUAUUUAAGGAGUAAGCACAGUCCUAACCGUUGAAUCUCUGCUACCCAAUCUUGGUACAACCACCACUACUGCUACUCUCCGUACUACUUUUACUCCAGCGUCUUCCUCAAGAUUUUCCGUUAAAGCCUGCAGCCUCCCCCUACUAAACCAUACUCACUAUCUCUCUCUCUCUCUCUCUCUGUCGGUUCCAUGUGGUCGUUGAGCUCUGCAUUUUUGCUUUCUGGGAGCCUCGGUUUCAGAUCAACCUACCUACAGCUCAUGGACGCUAAUUCGCUCUCGAAUGCAUAAUAAUUCAAGGGAAAAUAAUCAUGAUCAAUGUUCUGAAGGCUUUCUUAUUGUGCCAGGGGAAGAAGAAGAAUUGCUAGUCAGAGUCACCUCUUUAGACCUCCCAUCAAAUACCACCUAUGAAACUGCAACCCAUUUUUGCAACAUUACCGUUCCUCCUGCUUCUUUCUUUUCUCCCCUUAAAUUUAGCCGACCUAAAUUCAGACAAACAAGCCCUACUUGACUUUGCCUUGAUUGUUCCUCAUGGCCGCAAAGUCAACUGGAGUCCUGCUACCUCAGUCUGUACUUCUUGGGUUGGCAUAACUUGCAGUACCCUGAAUGGCUCCCGGGUGGUUGCUGUUCGGCUCCCCGGUGUUGGACUUUAUGGUCCAAUUCCUGUCAACACCCUUGGGAGAUUGGAUGCCCUCGCUAUCCUCAGUCUUCGAUCAAACCGCCUCAGUGGGAAUAUUCCAACUGACGUACUUUCCCUUCAUUCCCUCCAUUCCCUCCACCUUCAAGACAAUAACUUCUCGGGUAAUAUUCCUUCUUCUUUCUCUUCUCAGCUCAUCUUUCUUGAUCUCUCCUUCAACUCCUUCACAGGAAACAUCCCACCAAGUAUUAACAACUUAAAACAUCUCACUAGCCUGAACCUCCAGAACAACUCCCUGACUGGAUCAAUUCCUUAUCUCAACCUCCCAGGGCUUAAGCAUUUCAAUUUGAGCUACAACCACCUAAAUGGUUCGAUUCCUAUAGCCCUACAGAAGUUCCCCGCAUCCUCCUUUGCAGGGAAUUUGAUGUUAUGCGGACCACCACUUAACCAAUGUUCUUCAAUUCCCCCCGCACCUUCCCCUUCUCCCACUCAUUUACCACCCCCGCCAAAAGUCCCCCCAAAACCAAGUGGUGGUUCCAGAAAGGAGCUGAGUACAGGAACUAUCAUUGCCAUUUCCAUUGGGGGUUCUGCAGUGCUGUUUCUUUUAGUUCUAAUGAUAGUGAUCUGCUGUUUAAAGAAAAAAGACCGUGAGAACAGCAGUGCAGUGAAAGGGAAGGGUGGAAGGAUUGAGAAGCCUAGGGACUUUGGGAGUGGAGUGCAAGACGCUGAGAAGAACAAGUUGGUUUUCUUUGAAGGCUGUUCUUAUAAUUUUGAUCUGGAGGACCUAUUGAGAGCUUCGGCUGAAGUUCUUGGGAAGGGGAAUUAUGGGACAACUUAUAAGGCUAUUUUGGACGAGGGAGGAACAACAGUAGUUGUGAAGAGGUUGAAAGAAGUGGUAGCGGGGAAAAGAGAGUUUGAACAACAAAUGGAAAUUGUGCAGAGGGUCGGUCAGCACCCAAAUAUUGUCCCUCUUCGUGCUUACUACUAUUCCAAGGAUGAAAAACUCCUGGUUUAUGACUACAUAACAACUGGCAGCUUUUCCGCAUUGUUGCAUGGAAACAGGGAAAGCAGACCAACUCCACUAGACUGGGAAUCGAGAGUAAAGAUUUGCCUUGGAACUGCAAGGGGGAUUGCCCAUAUCCAUUCUGCAGCUGGGGGAAAAUUUAUCCACGGCAACAUCAAGUCCUCCAAUGUCUUCCUCACACAAGACCUCCAUGGCUCUAUCUCAGAUUUUGGUUUGACAACUUUGAUGGUUUUGCCGGCUGUCCCACCUAGAAGUGCAGGUUAUCGAGCUCCUGAGACAAUUGAAUCUCGAAAAUGUACUCAAAGAUCUGAUGUAUACAGUUUUGGUGUACUCCUCCUCGAGAUGCUGACAGGUAAAGCACCAAUCCAAUCGCCGGGGCAGGAUGAGGUGGUUGAUCUUCCAAGGUGGGUUCAGUCCGUUGUUAGGGAGGAAUGGACUGCUGAGGUGUUUGAUGUAGAGCUAAGGAGGUACAAAGACACUGAAGAAGAGCUGGUGCAAAUGCUUCAAAUAGCAAUGGCCUGUGUGGCGAAGGUGCCAGACAUGAGACCAACAAUGGGUGAAGUUAUCAGGAUGAUUGAGGAAAUCAGGCGACCUGAUUCUGAGAGGCCAUCACCGUCACCCUCGGUGGGCAAGUCGGGCUCAAAUAAAGAAACGCCAUGAUUCCUCCGUCUAGCCCAUACCCAUAUUCUCAAGUUUCUGCCCUCGAGCUUGAGCUGCAGAAACUAUCCAUUUGGAGAACUUUUCUAACAGUGGAACAUUUCCAGUUGCGUCAUUCUUUUUAGGGUGUUAAAUGUAACAAAUUUAAAUUGUCUAGCACUUUCCCCCUCUCCUGAUUACUGUGACAAAAAUGUUUCCAGACGAUUGUGACCUCUUGACUGUUCUGUAUAUGUGCUGGUCCUUGCCAUUCA